CAUAUUCUAAUUAGGGCUAUACGCUUGGCCACACGGGCGUGGCAAAGAGGGAGGGCCUUUCCUGGCGCCCUGUAACCGCAGCGCGCGCCCUCAACUUCUUCCCGGCUACUUGUAUUAUUGCUAGUAAACAAAUGACAUAUCGUUUGCUUUGCAACACAAUGCAGGUGUUUCUGGGGCAGUCAACGCAGAGGUGGUUGGGUUGACCCGCUGACCGUUUUGGCACACCUGAGCCGAGAUUGACUGCGAACCGGCUCAGCCUGGCCAUGCCGUACGGGGCCCCGUAGCGCAGGCCCCGGGACCCUGCCGCUAUAAAAGCCGGGCACGCCGGCUCAUUAGUAUAAUCAUACAGCUCUCCAGCCAGCCACUACUCAGCCGGUUAGCCUUCGCAGCAGCCUCUUGCAGCCCUCGAGCACACAACCUCUUUCUUGCUACUUCUUGCUACUUCUUGUCGCGACCCAGUUCGCUCUUCACGCCUCCCAGCUCCCUGCCCACCGCACUAGCUAAACACCACUCGCUUGUGUCAGUCCGACUCCGAGUUGCCCGCCCGCGUCCGUUCACGCUGCGUACCAGCUCUCCGCCAGCUCGCUCUCCUACACUCGUCCCUUUACGUCUUUCUCCCUAAGAAUGUGCCUUCCUAUCCUCGUCAAGUCUCUGGAGCACGCUAAGCAGCGCGCCAAGCAGCAGCAGGUUAUUGUCGACUGCGGCCUGCGGAACAGGCCCGCUCCGUCCGGCGAAGAGAACCCUGUGCUCCUUGUACAGCUGUGCGCGCUGCUGUGCACGGCGCCCGCCGGCGGGGUGAAGCCCUACCGGCCCGAGUCCCGCUUCAUGCGUGGCUCGCCCAAGGCGGCGGAUGCGGAGGGCGGCGUUGUGGACCCUCUCUUCCUGGAAGGGCUGCGCCGUACGCUUCUCCGCAAGGCUGACAAGCCCGCAGCCGCAACGGCAAGGCCCGCCGCCAUCCCCGUCAAGGUGCUGGUCACCGUCUUCUGAUGACGCUCUGGCCACUCACCUCACUUGCCUAGCUAGCUAGUUCAGCUCUGGACAAGAGCAGGCGAUACCGCUGACUCCCGUUGAAGCAUUUAGCAUUUAGGUGUUUGCUCGGGACCUCGCUCGGGACCAUGCCGCCGCCGCCGGUGCCACAACGGGUGUAUGUGAUUUAUUAUCAAGAUAGCCAGGCUAGCUGUGACCGUAUUUCCAUUGCUCGAUCGUGAUCCCUUUCCUGCAUGCAUGUUCGCGCGUAUAGCUGUUGCUUAUUAGGCAGAGACGUGUCGUGCCAGUUGUAGAUGCUGGAGGCCGCCAUGGUAUGGGCCUUGGGACGUAGAUAGGUGACGGAUGAGAUGUGGCCGGUUAGGGCCCUCUACCAGUAAUUUAUGGGAUGAGUACUUGGACGGACCAGGAUCCCAGCUGGUACGUACCGCUUCAAACUUGCUCAGCAAGGCGACAAAGCUGAUCAUGCCGUGAGCUCAGUUGCUGUUUUAUGAAACCUGUUGCAUGCCUAAGCGACCAGGCAACUUAAAGGCGACCUCGGGAGGUGGCCCUGUGCCAAUGCCAAGCGCCCAUCAAGGAAGCCAAGCUUCUCCAAUCAAGUGUAACACAAACAAAUG